GUCGGUCUAUGUCGCGGGCGGCGGCGGCGGCCGCGGAGGGACGAUGCGCGAGUACAAGGUGGUGGUGCUGGGCUCGGGCGGCGUGGGCAAGUCCGCCCUCACCGUGCAGUUCGUGACCGGCACCUUCAUCGAGAAGUACGACCCCACCAUCGAGGACUUCUACCGCAAGGAGAUCGAGGUGGACUCCUCGCCGUCGGUGCUGGAGAUCUUGGACACGGCGGGCACCGAGCAGUUCGCGUCCAUGCGGGACCUGUACAUCAAGAACGGCCAGGGCUUCAUCCUCGUCUACAGCCUGGUCAACCAGCAGAGCUUCCAGGACAUCAAGCCCAUGCGGGACCAGAUCAUCCGGGUGAAGCGGUGA